AUGGAGGAUUUUGUUGCGUGGGGUUUGUGGAGUAAUUUGGAAGUGGGGUAUUCCUUUUCGAACUCGAUUGGUAGAUCGGGAGGAAUUCUAACUCUUUGGAGGAAGGAUAGGAUGGAAGUUCUUAAUAGUUUUAAAGGAGAGGGCUACUUAGGGAUAAAGGUGAAGUGGAAGGAGAAUUUUUAUUAUGUUGUGAAUAUUUAUUCUUCUUGUGUUCUACAAAAGAAGAAGGAAUUAUGGGACAAUUUGUUAAAGUUGAAAAGCUCUUUUUCGGAUGGGGAGUGGAUCUUUGGAGGGGAUUUUAAUGCGUCUAAAAGCGUUCAUGAAAGGAAAGGAAGAUCGAUGAGGGAUAUGGAGUCGGGUUCGGAGCUCUUUGCAAAGUUUAUUGAUAAUAGUGGGUUAGUGGAUGUCCCUAGCAAAGGAAAAAAAUUUACUUGGUAUAGUGGUGAUGGUAGAUCCAUGAGUCGGAUUGAUCGUUUCCUUGUGUCGAACAAUGUUAUUAAUGAUUGGGGAGUUGUUGGACAAUUAGUUGGGGAUCGUGAUAUUUCGGAUCAUUGCCCGGUGUGGCUUGUGGUGGAUAAGCUUAAUUGGGGACCUAAACCGUUUAAAUUCAACAAUGAAUGGUUUACUUUUAGUUCUUUUCUUCCUUUUGUUGAAAAGGAAUAG